UGAAAAACGAAUUGCGAAAACCAUGGUUCCUCUUGAUUUGAAGGAAUUUCAAGAAAACGUGUCGACUCAGUUCAGACCAUGGAAACGUUCAUUCCAAUUCUGGGUUCGAGCUGUCGAUAUCUACACCGGUUACAAGGUGGUUCAAGUGAGAGCGAAUUUCGAGAAAAACGCGGCGAAGAGGGAUGCAAUGUGGGAAAACCAGCACCAACUUGCCGCCGAUAAGAUAUACAACAUGUGCACUCACCUCGGCGGCUUUUUUCUCAAGGUUGCACAAAUAAUUGGGAAGCCGGACUUGGCACCGGCUGCUUGGGUGAAGAGGCUAGUCACACUGUGUGAUCAGGCACCUGCUACACCUUAUAGUGUGGUCAAAGUUGUUUUAGAGAAGGAAUUGGGUCAAAGUAUCGACGAACUGUUCGAACGAUUCGAUGCCGAUCCGCUUGGCUCGGCUUCGAUUGCGCAGGUUCACCGAGCACGACUCAAAGGCGACAAAAUUGAUGUUGUUGUGAAGGUUCAGCAUCCCGGUGUUCAAGAUUUGAUGAUGACUGAUAUCCGCAACUUGCAAGCUUUUGCCUUGUACAUGCAAAAGACCGACAUAAAAUUCGAUCUGUUUUCCGUAACCAAGGAAAUGGAGAAGCAGAUUGGAUAUGAAUUCGAUUUUUUGAGGGAAGCCGAUGCUAUGGAGAAAAUCCGUCGUUUCCUCUAUGCAAAUAAUAAAAAGUCCCCAGUCCAAGUGCCACGAGUGAUCCGUAAUAUAUUAACAAGGAGGGUUCUAGUGAUGGAAUAUAUAGACGGAAUCCCGAUUUUGAAGCUCGAAGAGGAGAUAGCAAAACGAGGCAUAAACCCUGCCGGUAAGGUAGCAGCGGCAGCAAAGCAGAACAUCCUAAAAAGUUUGACGCUUGCUUACGGACAAAUGAUACUGAAGAGUGGCUUCUUUCACGCGGAUCCUCAUCCCGGAAAUAUUUUGAUUUGUCGAGGUUCUGAGGUUGCAUUGCUCGAUUACGGGCAAGUGAAGGAUCUUCCGGAGAAAUUGAGGCUGGGAUAUGCUAAUCUCGUGCUUGCUAUUGCCGAUAACGAUCCUAUUAAGGCAUUAGAAAGCUACAGGGAGCUUGGUAUAAACACAAUAACGAAAUGUAAAGACGAGCAGAAGGAGUUGCUUAGAUUAGCCCAAACAAUGUUCGACACAAAGCUACCGCCCGGUGUUACAAUGUUGCAACCUUUCUCAGAAGAAUCUUCUAUUAAAAAAAUCGCUGUUCAGGCUUUUCCCGAAGAAUUAUUCUCUGUUCUUCGUACGGUGCAUUUACUGAGAGGGCUUAGUGUUGGGCUUGGGAUUAACUAUUCUUGUGCUGAGCAGUGGAGACCUAUUGCUGAAGAAGCUUUAUUUCUUGCUGGGAGGCUAACCGAUAAAGAUAUAAAAAGAAGUUCGCGAUCACGACGUGGUAUUUUGAAAAGAAUAUUCGGGAGUUAAGAGGUAAACGGUAACUAACGAUAAAGUCGAUAGGGUUGCUGUCAAUUGAUCUGUGAGCUGAGGUUCUGGAAUUAUUAUAUGCUCGCAAUUUAUAUGUAUUCUAUUCGAUUAUUAAAUUUAGUGUCAGUAUAUGUAUACUUUUAGUCACGGUCACGUUCGUUUAUUUACUAUGGGACUAAUUUUGGUACUCGAAAAUUUUCAAGAUUCUUAAUAAUAAAAUUCUUUUUGUCCUUG